ACCUCUCACCCAUCAUUACCAUAUCCCUUUCCAGUUUCCACUAUGGCAAAGCUCACCGUCCUUAUAGCCACCUUCAUAGCCCUCCUCUUCGUGGUGGACGCCUCCAUUUACCGUACCACCAUGAUCAUCGACGAGGGUAGUGAUGAUACAGAAAACCCAAGUAGGCGAGGGUGCAGCCAACAGAUCCAGCAGCAGCAAAAUUUGAGGCAAUGCCAGGAGUAUAUAAGGCAAAGAGUCCACGGCUCCAGAGGCCGAGGCCGCCCUGCAGCUGCAUAUGAUGAAGUUGAAAAUCAACGAGACCAAUUUCGAAGGUGCUGCAACCAACUUCAACAGAUGGAUAGCCCGUGCCGAUGUGAGGGUCUGAGGCAGGCGAUUCACAGUCAACAAAGCCAGGGACAAAUUCAAGGUCAAGAUGUCCGUCAAGCAUUCCAAGUGGCUCAGUACUUACCAUCGGAGUGCGGUGUAUCGCCAAGACGAUGCCAAAUCCAGUCGAGCUGGUGGAUGUAAAGGAAAUCUAUAGUAGCUAUAUAUAGCUAGGCGGCCAACCUCACUAUAUAUAUGCACAUAGCAAUAAACAUCACUGCUCUGGCAUUUUAGCUGGAGAUUAGAUGAUUACUAUUAGUCUUAAUUAAUAAUAAGCACAUUAUCGUGUGUGGUUAAUUUCUAUGAAAGUUGUAGUCACUUUCGAGUUUUGAGAGUA